CCCUGGAGUUUCCUUAUAAAUAAGGUGAACUGCCUAAGAUGCCAUGGCAGUUGGCAAUUAAAGACGAAAUGCUUAGUUUGGAACUGAGACUGGCCAUAGCUCUCUGGCUAAUCUGGACGACGGCGGCGGCCCAGAACUCCACGGAUGGCGGUGGUGAUCAGGAUGGCCGCAUUGUCGGCGGCUGGGAGACGCACAUCACCUUCUUUCCGCACCAAGUAUCCCUGCAGUUGGGCACUCGCCACGCCUGCGGCGGAACCAUCCUUUCGCCCACCAUCAUCCUCACAGCCGCCCACUGUGUGCUGGAGUACACCAAACCGCAGUACUAUGUAAUUCGAGCCGGAUCCAGUGAUUGGUCCAAGGGCGGCAGCUACAUCCGCGUCCAGCGCAUUAUACCGCAUCCAAAGUUCCACGAUCCGACGAGAAUGAACAACGAUAUCGCUGUUGUUCAGCUGCAGCAACCGCUAGUGUAUAGUCGGGAUAUUCAGCCCAUAAAACUGGCCACCAGUCAGGACAGGAUUCAGCCGACGGCCCAGCUUUUUGUCAGCGGUUGGGGCACGACGUCGAUCUCUCAAAUGCAGCCGGAGAAGCGUCUUCGUUACACAGUUGUCCAGCUCAGAGAUCAGGAUCAGUGUGCCAGAAACUAUUUCGGAGCUGGCACCGUGACAAACACCAUGUUCUGUGCGGGAACCCAGAUGGGAGGAAGGGACAGCUGCCAGGGAGAUUCGGGAGGACCGCUGGUCACCUCCCUCGAUGGUCAGAUGAAACUCUACGGCGUUGUGUCCUGGGGCUUUGGCUGCGCAAACGCAAUGUUUCCUGGAGUUUACACAAGGGUUUCCGCCUAUGGUGACUGGAUUGCGCAGACAAUGGAAGAGCUGGUCUAGCUUAAAAUCUACUUCUUCACUACUUAGAAAUAAUAGACAAAUUCAACUAUAUGCUUAAGUUAUCGCGUAGUCAACCUAAUGUAUAAGAUUUUCCUGCUCUGUAAAUGAACUUUGUCAAUCGCUAAUAACUUGCUAAUUCUCAAGUUCAGGUGACUAACCAAAAACAUAAAAUAUUACUUAUCGAAAAACAA